ACCUUGAACUUGACAGAGUAGUUUCACCCCUCUCCUUUCCUCUCCUCUCCUCUCUUCUCUAUUUGUAAAUACUUUUACAAUGUCCAGUUUUCCACAUUUACUCCGCCACGCGCCUUCAGCCUUCAGGCGGUCGUCGCGCGGCAGAAGCCCAGACGCCUGCCGCACUUUGUUUUUAAACUUCAGGUUUUUGCACUCCAGCUCGCCUGCUAAGUUGUCCUCCAGCAUAUUACAUCAACACAAAACCAGCCGCAGGGGUUACACGAGUUCUGCCAGCACGAAACCGGUCCGGGUCGGCUGCGCCUCCGGGUUCUGGGGGGACACAGCCACCGCAGUGCCUCAGUUGAUCUACAGUGGGAAUUUGGACUUCCUGGUGUUUGACUACCUGAGUGAGAUCACCAUGUCUCUGCUCACCGCCGCCAAGGCCAAGACGCCUAAUCUGGGCUACACUCCAGACUUCGUCCAGGUCGCUCUCGCUCCGUUCAUCAACGACAUCCACAGGAAGGGUAUUCGUGUCGUCAGUAACGCAGGAGGCGUGAACCCUCUGGCCUGUGCUGCGGCCAUACAGGAAGUCAUCAACAAGGCUGGCCUUCAUCUCAAAGUCGCCGUCGUGACCGGCGAUGACCUCAUGCCCCACAGGAGCAGCCUCUCUGAGGUCCGGACGGUGGAUGACGGCAGCAGACAACAGUUACCUAAAACGCUGCACAGCAUGAACGCUUACCUCGGGGCUGUUCCUAUCCGCCGCUGUCUAGAUCUCGGGGCAGACAUCGUGGUGACUGGACGCUGUGUGGACAGCGCCGUGACUCUGGGCCCGCUCAUGCACACCUUUGGAUGGGAGAGGAAUGACUAUGACCUGCUGGCAGCUGGGAGUCUUGCAGGGCACCUCAUUGAGUGUGGCGCUCAGAGUACAGGAGGAAUCUUCACCGACUGGCACAAAGUUCCUGACUGGGACAACAUGGGCUUCCCGGUGGUGGAGUGCUCCGGCGACGGCUCCUUUGUCCUCUCCAAACCGCCUGAGACCGGCGGCCUCGUCUCCUUCGGCACGGUGGCGGAGCAGCUGGUGUACGAGAUCGGCGACCCGCGACGAUACCUGCUGCCUGACGUCACCUGUGACUUCAGCCAGGUGCUCAUUCAGGAAGUACCAGGUGUAGAAGGAGGCGCUGUCAGAGUGACGGGGGCUAAAGGCUCCGCUCCAUCACAUGACUACAAGGUGUGUGCUACCUACAUGGACGGUUUCAGGGCGACAGCAGUGUGUCCGGUCGGAGGACCAAGAGCAGCAGAAAAGGCCAGACGAACUGCAGACAGCAUCAUCAAACGGACGAAGCGAAUGUUUACGCAGUUGGGGCUGGAAGAUUUCAGCGCCGUCAACAUCCAGGUCCUCGGAGCUGAGGACACGUAUGGUGCCAACGCUCGCAGCAAGGACUCCAGAGAGGCAGUUAUCUGGAUGGCCGUCCACCACAAACAGAAGAAAGCUCUUGAACUCUUUGCCAGAGAAAUAGCUCCUGCAGGGACCGGCAUGGCUCCUGGACUGACCGGCAUCGUGGGCGGACGACCCAGAGUGUCUCCUGUCCUGAAACCGUUUUUCUUCCUGCACCCCAAACCUCAGCUGAAGGUGGACGUUCAUGUCGGUGGAGAGCUGGUGGAGUCUUUCACAGAGGUGGGGCCUGACGCACCUGAGCAGGAAGCCCCUCCCACCACAGAGGAGGACGCACCUGACACAGAGCUGCCCAGUGGACCACACAGCUACAGACUGGAGGAGCUGGCCUACACAAGGAGCGGAGACAAAGGAGACUCGGCUAACAUUGGAGUGAUAGCUCGUCAUCCCCUCUUCUUCCCCUACCUGAAAAAACACCUGACUUCUUCUGUGGUGGAGGAAUACUUCUCGCACCUCAUCCAGCCAGGGGUGAACAACGCUGUCACACGAUACACUCUGCCGGGGAUCCAUGGCUUCAACUUUGUCCUGCAGAGUUCGCUGGGAGGGGGAGGGGUGGCGUCUCUACGCAGCGACCCCCAGGGUAAAGCCUACGGUCAGAUGCUGCUGGAUUUGAAGCUGAGAGGACUGCCUGACGUCAAGUCGCUGGUGGACUGAGAGAGAGGGAGAGAGAGAGAGAGAGAGAGAGAGAGAGAGUGGCUGGGUGAGAGACACUGAGAGAAAGGAGGAGUUAAUGAGGGAGAGAGCUGUGGGAAAGGCAGACAUAAAAAACCCUUUACAAGAAGAAAUGAGACUGAAAGCAAAGAAAAUUCCCCGGUGAGACUUUUCCCUCCAUAGAAACCCAGAUGGAUCAUAUCAAAAAAAAAGAUUUGUUUAGUCCUCAACCCAAACAAGGGAAAACCUGAAGAAAACAAGAAAAUUUAAUUUAUAUUUGGUGCACUGAGUGAAGUCCAUAAUCACACAUCAGCCUCAAGGGGCUUAAUCUGUGAGAUGUAACAGAGUCACAGGAUUUUAUCCACACUGAUAAACAAAAGAGAGCAUUCAGGAAACUGUCAAAUAAAACAGUUUCACCUGAAGGAACCAAAACAUACGAUAGCAUACGUCCAUGAGACCCCCGGUUAGACCCAGAGCUCACUGAAGGGAUUACAUAUCCCAUGUGGCCUGGGAAGGCCUUGGGAUGCCCCCGGAGGAGUUGGAAAGCGUUGUUGGGGAGAGGGAUGUCAGGAGUACCCUACUUAGCCUGCUGCCACCGUGACCUGACCGCGGAUAAGCGGAAGAUAAUUUAUCUCCCAUGUUCAAACGUUCCCCUCCUCAGUGUUAAGUUUGGGUCUUUAUAGGCCGUUCCAUUUUGGGUUCGUUUCCAGUUUCCACUUGGAUUAAUUAAACUCAGAAUCUAACAAAUCUCUUAUCAAACCUU